UAUGACGGAGAGAGAAAGAGGCGAGGUCUUGCUCGGUCUGUCAAUCCCCACAGCAGCUUGUCAGCUUGUCAAAAGAGAUCAACCACAGACAGAACCAACUUCGAAAAUUGUAAUCAUCGCAAUUUAACCCAUGAACCAUCGAAGAAGAGUUCGUAUUUUUAUAUAUGCGAAGUAGAGAGUUAAGCCGAGAGCGAGAGACGAAGGAAGAAGAAGUUAAGUAGUGUCUGGUAGUGUGGUGGUAGAGGAAGAAGUGAUUUUUUGGAAGCUGGUGCAUUCGCCAGGAAGGUACCGUACAGAGAAGAAGUAACAACAACAUCAAUAACCAAAAGUGAAAAGGAAGAACGAUACCUAAACUCAUCAUAACUGUUCAAGUGCCAAUCACACACAUUACGCUACAGCUGCGGAGACUGCUUCGGCAACAGAGCUCCACAUUGUGCCAAAACGCCCAAAAGCUGCAAUGAUCCCAGCUGGAUAGUGCAGCUCGAUUCAGAAGGCUAAUGGUUGCCAAUCGGUCAAAUGUCGAAACGUUUCCCCAAAAGCUCAAGAGAAUGAGCUACGACGACGGGCCCCUCAGGUGGACAGUCUGUGCAAUUCGGUUUAGGAGAUAAUCAGAGACAGGGCACGGGAGGGCCUUUGGCCCCAGGUGGACGAGACGGAAGGAGGACACUGUUUGGUUUUCAGGGGUUACAGAGAAGCGGAAGGAGAAUGGGAAGUUGUCUGACGUGCUUCAAAUCGCCACCGAAUGCGACGGUGAAUAGCGUGGAAGCGAUCGCAGGGGUGGUGGCUGCGCCGGAAACGGCCAUCACCGACACGGAAGCGGCAGUUAAUGAAACGGACGACCUGCUGGCGGCCAGUCCGAUCAGGAUGACCUCGCUCGGUUCAGAGAGAAAAAGCGGUAGUUUUAAGAAGACGAUUGGAUUACUUAACGGGAAUAUCAAUGCACUGCCAGAUGGUGGCAGUUUGCCAGGCAAAGAUCUCGCGACGCAAAUCUCCGACAACGAUCUGAACAAGUUGUUCGAGGAGUACAAGGACAGCCAAGAGGACGCGAUUCUGUCCGAAGGCAUCGAGCGACUGUGCUGUGAUCUAGGUUAUAAGCCGGACGAUUUCGCCAUCCUGGUGCUGGCCUGGCGUUUGGACGCAUCGCAGAUGUGUCAGUUCACCAAGUCGGAGUUCAUUCAGGGCCUGCAGCAGAUGAACGCCGCCAGCAUCGACGACAUCAAACUCCGGCUGGAGCAGAUCGUCGAGAAGCUCAAAACCGACUCGGAGGAGUUCAAACUGCUGUACAGAUUUACAUUCCGGUUCGGGCUGGAACCGGGCCAUAGGAUUCUGUCCCUGGACAUGGCAAUCAGUCUGUGGCGGCUGGUGUUCACUGUUCACACGCCGGACAUUUUGCCAAGGUGGUUGCACUUCCUCGAGCAGCACCAGAACAUCCGGGGCAUUCCGAAGGAUACCUGGAACAUGUUUCUGAACUUUGUGGAGACCUGUGAUAUUACACAGUACGAUGACACCGAAGCGUGGCCCAGCUUAUUCGAUGACUUUGUCGAGUACGAACAGGAACGGCUGAAGCAGGCUGGCUUGAAGGCUUCGGAGAGUGAAGGAGUGGUGGAAGGUUCCGAGGAGGCGGCUGCUGGCGUUGAGGUCCUAGAGGACGACAACAAUAAUUCAUAGUAUUGCGAUUCGAGGGCAGCGCCAUCCGGCUGGUAGCGGUGAUGACUCGCAAUGCUCCGAUUCAGGCGAACCCAUACACACACACAAAACACAUACAUACGUUUUAAUAUAUUUAUUAACUUUUGCUGAAACUUUCUAGUGUUCGCGCGUGCGUUGAAUGAUCUUAUUAUUCUUGUUUAUGUUUUCACCUGCCUGAAGUUGGAGUUUUCUUUUGCACCCAAGUCCGUCGCAUUUUGAACACACUUAAGUCACAUAGGAAGUCUGUUUCUUAGUUUUUUUUUUUAAAUUUAAGUAAAAGAGAACAAGAAGAUGCAAUGCACGUUGAUCAUUUGUUCGACGAAACGAAUUUUACUACUUUUAAGCAGUAUGAUUAAAUUUAACACCAUUAUACUUGUUUUUAUACUCAUAUAGAUAUCGAAAUUUAGUGUAAUACUAUUGUAAUAAUUGGAAACAGAAUCGAUGAGGAUUUAUUGCUAAAAAAGCAGAAAGCAUGCAUUUUUCUGCGUUCGUUCCACGUACAGCCAAGUUUUUGCUAUUUUCUGUAGGAAAAUAAACUUUAUAUCAGUCAACUGAUAAUGGAGACGUCGAUUUAGAGGAAGGAAGAUUUUAUGUGAUUGUAUGCUUAAACAGAUAAGGAGCAAGUCGAUAAAGCGUUAACUACAGGAGAAAUUUACAUGUACAAGCUUUUCGGCAAACUUAACUAUAGUACGAUUUUGGCUUUCGUCGCUUGAAACCGCUCUGGAUUCCGGCGAACAAUCAAACCUAUCCGACUUUAAACGAAUCAACACAGAUUGUUUUUCACAUUUUAGCUCAAAUGUAUAUGAAUAAAUUGUAAAACAAAUUAAAUCGAAUUAAAUUAGUGAAACACAUUCUCGAGGACGCUCCUUAUUUAUUGAUGAUGUGUAGUGAAUGUCUAAGUUGCGCAGUGAAAGCAGAGAAAGAUUAAAAAAAAAACAACUAGGCUAAAUUGAAAAACGAACAACAAAAACACUACUGAACCUCUAUUUAAGAUAAUUCUAGACAAAAUGGAUGAAUAAAGUCGAAACAUGUCA